GUCUGUGACAAAUUCUGUGUAAAAAUAUUUCUUUUAUUGUAAAAUAUUUAUGAAAACAGAAAUAGAAAAUAAAUUAAAAGAACUAUUAUAAUAUUUAAAGAAUAUCCUUUAACUCGACCAGAUUAUGAGCAUUAUUGAAUUUGAAAUUGAUGAAAUACGAAAAUUGUGUGAAAAUGUUGUGCCAAACUCAAAAAUAAUUGCCUGCACAUCAGCAGCUCCAGCCCCAUUGGUUCGCGUGGAUAUACAAGAAAAUCAGCAGUAUCGUCAAUUUACGGUGUGUCUACGAUUUCCCGACGACUAUCCGAAACAAACAAUCUUAGUAGAGCUAAAAAGUAAAACUCUAUCCGACAAGUUCUUGCAAGGUCUGACGGGUUUGUGUGAAAAACAGUGUCAGGAGUAUCUGGGUAAACCGCACUGCAUUAAAGCCUUACAAUUCCUACAGCAAUAUGUUAAAGACAAUCGUUUGUGCGUGUGUUUUGAUGAAAUUCAACAAUUGCGUAAAGACUUGGGUGCCAAUGCAUCUGUGGACCAGCUAAAAAUAAAACAAAAGUCAUCCACGGUUCAAUUCACAGCCAAGGGAGGUGAAUAUUAUUAUCGUGUUAAGGCCGUAGUGCCAGAUGAUUAUCCCGUGCAUUGCAUUGAUUUGCAACAGCAGGAAACUAAUCUACCAGCAGUCUUAUUGCGCUAUCUAAAUGGACAAUCACGUGAAAUUGUCAGACAAUGUGUGGAGCCUCCAUUGCGUAUGCCUAAGGGAAAAACGUUAGCAGACUUCCAGCCAGUACCUUCUCUAUACAGGGCCCUAAAAUUCUGCCUUGAAGCUACUUUGGCAUUUCAUAGUGAAGUAUGUACCAUAUGCCAAUGUUUGGUGCUACCAACCGAUCCAAACGAUUUGGAAAUGGAUGACAGUACGGAUGCCUAUGUCGAGAGAGUCUAUUGUGGUCAUUUAUUCCAUCAGGGAUGUCUGAAGUCAUAUUUGCAAGAACCACCAUUCCCUAAAGGAGGCAAAUUGUGUCCUGCCAAGCGACGUCAUUUGCGUUCCGACGCCACCUACUAUUUGGGUGGAAGUCAGGGCUCUAAAAUGCCAACUAUAACACCAGACACGGGAGGUUCCUGUGGCAUACGUUUGGCUCAUGACCGCUGGGUUGUCAGCGUUAAGGUGGCUGAAUCUAGAUGGGCUCAGAAACAGGCACGACAACGAGAAUUGGAAGAAGUUGUGGAUUUUUUAAAAUGAAGCUAAAAUAAUUAUUAGUUACCUAAUCGAAUACGAUGACUAAACAUUCGUUUAAAAUACUUAUUGUACAAAAUAUACAGAAAAAAAUACAUAAAUUUUAAUAGUCUUAUUUCAAGUAAAUAUUAACAUUGGCUAGAAAAGUACAAUUAAAGAAUUCAGAUUAUUAUUAACAAUUUAAAAAGAUUAAUGUAAAAGUUUUGUCACAGCAUUGUCGAUUUAUACACCGAUCGAUUUCCAUGACGUAUUAAUUAAUUUCAUUAAUAAAAUCAAAUGAUUUUUGUAAUAUAAAA